AUGGUUAAAAAAGAGUCGAAGUCAUCAAAGGAUAGGUACCAACCGUACGGUCAGUUGGAAAGGUCCAACUUUAGGACAGACAAGGGAAGAAGCGGUCAUAAUCAUCAUUUAGUCAGGAAUGAUAAGCGAAAUGAUCACAGUUCGGGUAACCGAGCUAUUGGCCAUAUUAAGGACACGAGAUGGCCAAGGCCGCUUCGGUCCGAUCCUACUCAAAGGGAUCCGAAUGUGGUAUGUGACUAUCACGGUACUCAUGGUCAUCGGACUGAGGACUUUCGACAACUAAGGGAUGAAGUAGCCCGCCUAUUGAAGAAUGGGCACUUGCGUGAAUUCUUAAGUGACCGGGCUAAAGAAAAUUACAAAAACAGGGAAGCAAAUAAGCAAGUUGAACCAGUGGAACCUCAACACGUGAUCAAUAUGAUUAUCAGUAGGGCAGAAAUUCCCCGGGGUCCAAUAAUGAAGAGGACAAAGGUCUCCAUUACUCGGGAAAAAAGAACGAGGGAUUACGUAUCAGAGGGAUACAUCUCCUUUAGUGAUGAAGACGCGGAGGGCAUCAUUCAACCCCACAAUGAUGCUUUCGUAAUUUCUGUCCUCAUUAAUAAAUCUCAUAUUAAGCUUAUUUUGAUUGAUACAGGUAGUUCAGCCAAUAUUAUCCGUUGGAAAGUGGUAGAGCAGCUGGGGCUGUUAGACCAAAUUGUGCCGGCAGCCCAAGUUCUCAAUGGAUUCAACAUGGCAUGUGAAACUUUGAAGGGGGAAAUCACUCUAUCGGUGAAUACCCUUGGGACGGUUUAG